AUGUCAAAUACAUUAUCAACCAGUUCUGUCACUGGUUCAGCCAGAGCAACCAGUGUGCUACCUGGCACACUUCAUUUAAACGGAUACCAUUUCAAAGCUGGAUCCACGCUUGACUUGUCGCAUGGAGAAAACGUUGAUGUUGUGUACGGGUAUCGCAUCUCGACCCAGGACGCGGUGGUGGCGAAGGUUUCAACCAGUACCUUACGACUCGAACGCGAAUAUUAUGUCAUGAAGAAACUCUAUCACUAUAUUGACGGGUCCUCUUAUCUAGCCCGACCGCUGGAGUUCGUCAGUUUACCUAGCGGCUUGACAGUUGCUGUUUAUGCCGACGAAGGGCACAGCCAGACACAGUUUUUCGAGGACUAUUUUUCACCAAAACCGACGAGUAAUGGGCAAGUCGAUUCUACAGAAAAAGACCAACGUUCCUGGAUACGUCGACAUGACAGUAGCAGCGACAGCAGCAGUAAUAACAAGCCGCAUAAAUUGUAUGACCAAACCUCCAUGGACGGCGACAGUGGCGGGAGUACACCCAUUUACGACUUGUCCACUUUCUUGCGAUUCGCAAUAAAGUGCCUAGACAGUUUAGAGUUUAUACAUCGGCAUAACUAUGUACAUGGUCAAAUUCGACUUCAAAGCUUUCAAUGGAAUGGCUCAGACGAUGGUCCUGUCAAAUUAUGGAAUUUUGGCUCAGGUUCGAAAUCGCUUGAAAGCUAUUUGACGUCGGAAGGGUGGCGCAAGACAGCCAACAAUAAAGAGCUUGUGGGUGCUCUGCACAGCUUGUUGGUGUACAUGAGUCCAGAGCAAACAGGACGAACGACUUAUGCACCCGAUCAUCGAACAGAUAUUUACUCGCUAGGCAUUGCUUUCUUUGUACUACUCACAGGAAAGCAGCCCUUUGACGGAGGGCCUCUGGAUAUUCUGAAUGGAAUUUUGAGUCGCAAAAUCCCCCUUGUGCAUGAACUACAGAUCGACGUUCCUGAAAUUUUGUCGAGAAUCAUAGACAAAAUGACGAGCAAGGCUCCGGACGAUCGAUACAGCAGCGCUCGUGGCGUUCGCACUGAUCUCAAAGAAUGCCUGCACCGUCUUCGAAUGGCAGAUGAAUCAUCAUCAGAGCAGUCAAUUCCUUCUUUUAAAUUAGCACAAAACGAUAUCGCAUCCGUGUUUACUUUACCGAAGCAUGUUUAUGGUCGUCAGGGUAUUAUUUCCCAAAUGCAAUACCUUAUUGAACGAGGCGCCGCCGUAUACAACUCAAGUGCUCAGAGAAAUCGCACGAGAACUAGUGUUAUUGGAGGAACGGAGACUACGAGCAUAUCAGAGCAUAACAUUAUAGAUACAUUUAACGAAAUGUACGAUCUAGAGAGCAGCAGCCAUUGUAGCACGGGAAAUAGUGGUGUCGCUAAUAGUGUUAGUGCCGCAGGAUUUGAUGGAAACGACGCAUCAAGUGUAACCCGUCGAAUGUUUGUCAAUAAUGGCAAACCCGCUUCUACACUUGUAGGUGUAUACGGCCCUGGUGGAAUAGGAAAAUCGACGCUUUUUACCGCUGUGCAGCCAACCGCUCGACUUAACGGCUACAUUGCAACGGUGAAGUUCGAUUCAAGAAAUAAGGUUCCAUACAGCACUAUAUUCAAAGCACUAUCACAAAUCCUGCAACAGAUUUUGACGGAAUCCGAAGAAGUGAUCAAGGCAUUUUACGAACACCUACGGCUUUCGCUCGGCUCACAAUUUUCCAAUAUACACCUUGUCGUUGACUUUAUACCAGAGUUCAAGACAUUGCUGCAAUCGAAUAACAAAGCAGGGACUCUUGGUGGAGGAGCUGCAGCUCAAGUGGACAAUAUUGAAGCACGAGCGAGAUUUCAUAAAAUAUACGUGGAAGUUUUUCGUGCAAUUACUCAUUGGAGCAUGGUGACUUUGUUUCUGGACGAUCUACAUCAAGCAGAUGUGCCUUCACUGGAGUUGAUGGAAGCACUAGUCAUGUCACGCGUCAAGAUUCUCAUCUUCACAUCGUACAGAGAUCAAGAAAUUACAGACAAGCAAUCCGAGUUUUUCGCAAGCAAACUUGCAGAUGUUCACUUAAUCAAAGUCGAAGCCCUAGGGAUGGAUCCGCUCGUCGACUUUAUUUGCGAUACGCUUCACCGACCACGUGAUGUCGAUCGAGAAGCCAUUCUGCCUCUUGCAGAUGUCAUUUUUCGAAAAACGCGUGGCAACGCAUUCUACACAUCCCAGUUAUUACGAACACUCGAGCGAAAAAAACUGAUUUAUUUCGAUUGGGAAAAGAAUCAAUGGCGCUACGACCUUCUACAGAUUGAAGAAGCCACAAUGUUCGAUCAGCAGAACUUUAAUACACAAUUGGAUGUUUCGUUUAUGGUGGCCCGGUUACGUGAACUUCCACCCGCAGGGCAGUCCUUUCUUAAAUGGGCGUCUUACGUGGGCGAUACAUUUUCCUGGGAUACGGUCAAAGUUUUGAUGUUAUCUGAAGAAAAGAAGUACGAACAUGAUAGUAUGGCAAAAAAUGGCGGAAGUUCUGAUCAUGGCAAACGAAUAUGCGACAUAAACAACAACGACAGUGACACGGAGCAAUUUAUUCAAAAUUCAUGCGCCGUAGUACACGAAGGAGACGACGACGACGACGAUAGCAUUGACAACAGCGAUGAUGAAUCUUGCCGCAACAGUAUAGUGACAUCAUCAAACAGACAAAACUCUACUCGAAAAUUGGCUGCAACCUCCACGUGCACCUCUUCUGCUGGCUCAAUUAAUGAUCCUAUCAGUGGUCUGCAAGCUGUUUUGCAAGAAGGAUAUAUUAUGUCUCUUGGUGGCGACGAAUUUAAAUGGAGUCACGAUCGUAUUUCGCAAGCGGCUGCAGAGCUUGCUGAUAUAGGAAGUCGAAGCAAAAUGCAUUUGACAAUUGCGCAACAUCUUUUAGAAGAUGAGGUAGUCGACACGUUUCUCGUCGCCGAUCAUUUACUUAAUUGUCAAGAUAUUCUGUCAUCGAUCGACGACAAGGAACGUUAUCGAAAAGUCAUGAUCAUGGCAGGAGAAAAAGGGCAAGCGGCUGGUGCGCAUAGUAUGGCGUUUGCUUAUUACAGCUGCGCUAUCACCCUAAGCGAUUCCCUAGAAGAAUGGAAUGAUGACAACUAUGAAACGACUCUGCGACUGUAUACGAAUGCGGUUUCAUUAUCAUGGGUUGUAGGUGAAAGCGAGCAAAUGGAAGAUCUAUUGCAAGUUCUAUUUCAGAAGGCCAAAACCCCCAUCGAUCGGAUGCCUGCUUACCGUGUACAAGCCCAAAGUUGUUAUGCCGCGCAGCUUCACGGGAAAGGGUGCGAGACGCUUUAUAAAUGUCUUGAUGAGCUUGGCGACGAGGUAGCACGGAUGGAUACGAGCCAAGAAGCACUUCAACGUGAAUAUGAUCAAGCCGAGCAGAACUUCGAAAGACUGGGGGUCGAGGGUGUCCUGGCUUUGGAGCCAUGCGACGAUGAGAUAAUAAAAGGAUCUGUCGUUGUUAUGGAUGAAGUAAUUGCGUCAUCAUAUUGGGGUGGCAGACAGCGUGAGCUGUUCCACUGGGCAUGUCGCAUUGUCAAUAUAUCUCUAACGCGAGGACCAACGACUGUAACUGGCAACGCGUUUAUAACUGCUUCUUUGGGUUUCUCCCAUCUCUUUAAAAAGUACAAUUUUGCGGAGAAACUCGCAAGUACAGGAUUGCACCUAGCAGACAUACACGGUACCACCCAAGACAAAGGUCGAUCCUAUUGUUUAUAUCCAGCAUUUGCGCUCCAGUGGAAGUAUCAUCAAAAGGAGGCGUAUCGCUAUCUUAGGUCUGCAAUCGACUACUCCCAGUCAUGUGGCGACCGCAUUUACGGCGCAUUUGCUUUGGUUUGGGUUGCGAAAAUUCGGUUUUUCACGGGAGAAAACCUAGCAAUAACUAUCCGAGAGGCCGAGCAAAGUUUCGAAGAAAUACACUCGUGGUCCCCGACAAUCGAUCACAACAGCCUGAUAAUGUGUGUUAUCCGGUUGUGCAAAGCAUUACAAGGGCAAACGUUUAUUGAUACCCCAGAUGUUUUUGAUGGCGACGACGGAUUCAGUGAUUCCCAUUUUCUUGUGGAGAGCUGUAAACAUAGUUCUGACCCGGGCCUGCUAUCAAACUGGUACGAGUCCUUUAAAAUGGUUGCGCUCGUGCUUUACGGUCACUUGGAUGCUGCGAUCGAGACGGGUUAUCGUUGCUUAGAAACAUUAGAAGGUCAUCCUUGUCACAAGCACACACGCAUGAUGUGUCAUUAUAUGUCGUUGGCUUUGAUCGAAAAAUGUCGUCAAGAUCCAGCUCGCCGACAGGAGUAUCUUGACCGAGUCCAUGCGAAUCAAACGUUAUUACAGGAAUGGGUUGUACAAGCACCAAUUAAUUUUGCCAUGUAUCGGACACUCAUCGAAGCGGAACUGGCCAGUAUCGAAGAACCGCUUGAUGUUGUGAAGAUUGGACGUUUGUACGAAGAGGCCCUCGACCACGCAAGAGAGGGCUCAUGGUAUUUGGAUCUCUGCGUUAUCCAUGAAUAUGCCGGCGCAUUCUAUGACAGAAUUGGGUUCCGCAAUGUUGCCUACGGCUUGAUAAAAAAGGCAAUCGAACUAUACACGUGUCAUGGCUCAUAUGGAAAGGCACGGCAACUGAUCGUCAAGUUCGACGCUCUUCUGAAUGACUUUAAUGAUAGCAGAAGGGAGAGUGUUGAGGCAUCCACCCAAACCGAUCCUAUUCCUUUACAGCGAGAGCCUACAUGGAGCACUACUUCGUCAACUCAUCGUGGUGAAGAAGGCGUUAACGCUUUGAUAAACGAGUCUUAUACAUCUGAGUGCAUACCACCCAUAACUGCCGAAACCACGUUGAUGUCGUUGGAUAUUGUCGACAUGGCGUCUAUAUUGAAGAGCUCGCAAGUUUUAAGCUCUGAAGUGAAAUUCGAAGGACUUUUGACCUCCAUGAUGGGCAUUAUUCUUGAUGUUUCGGCGGCAAACGGUGUUGCCAUUAUUCUCAAAGAUGACAAAUAUGGAAUCGGAGCUUACGGGAGUCAGGAGCAACAAACAGUGACCUUUGAUCCACCCAAACCACUCAAGGAUGAGGAUGGCCUAGUCCCAACUCGCGUUAUCAACCACACUAUACACACGGGGAAGAGCAUAUUCAUUCGCGACAUUAAGAACGAUCCAAGAUUUGCCGUUGGACCAUGGUUUGAGCGAAAUCCGGCAAAAUCGGUUAUAUGCAUGCCAAUUAUCCACAAAUGUUCUAUUGUGGGGUGUUUACUGAUCGAAGGCGCCGUUGGUGUGUUUACACAUCGACACGUUACCGUCCUUGGACUAUUAUGUCAGCAGAUGGGCAUUUCUAUUACCAACGCGUUCCUGUUCAAGUCCGUGCAACGUUUUACCAUGGCAAACAUGAGAAUGAUAGAGAUGCAGAAGCAGGCACUUGAAGAAGCUCGUAAAAGUAAAGAAGCGGCUGAUAAGGCAACACGGCUACGUGAGAUUUUCCUGGCAAAUAUGAGCCAUGAAAUUCGGACGCCAUUCUCAGGCUUUUAUGGAAUGAUAUCGCUAUUAGCCGAAACAAAACUUAAUCCAGAACAGCAUGACUUGGUUUACACUGCCAAAGAAUCUUGCGAGAUGCUCUUGCGACUUAUUGAUGAUCUUUUAAACUUUUCUAAACUACAAGCUGGAAAGGUUUCUCUCGAUUACUCGCCUGUCAUAGUCGAUAAUGCGAUAGCAGACGUCGUGGAAAUGCUCGUAGCAAUGGCGAUACAGAAACGAAUCAAUAUCACAUUUACAGUUUCCCCAGAAGUUCCAGCAGUGGUCAUGGCUGAUGCAAACCGCUUGAGGCAAGUUAUCAUCAAUCUUUUGGGAAAUGCGAUUAAAUUUACCCAUCAUGGCGAGAUCCAAAUCCGUUGCACAACAAGGAAGGAUCGACUCAUUUCGCCAGUCGAGGGUGGAAAUGGAGAUAACAUAACGCCGCUUUUGUUUGAAGUCAUUGAUUCUGGAAUUGGUAUAAGCGAAGAACAGCGAAAGGCGUUAUUUGUGCCAUUCUCUCAAGUAGAUGGUAGCACCACGCGCAAGUACGGUGGAACUGGACUUGGAUUAUCGAUCUGUAUGCAGCUAGUCAAGUUAAUGUCUGGUACCAUCGAUGUUAAGAGCACACCAUCCAAAGGGUCGAACUUCCACUUCUCAAUUGAUACAUCAACCGUUCACGAGCAAACAAAAAAGCGGCAAGAGCUGGUGAUCGGACUCCUACGCGAGUUGGGAAACGCCAGUAUUGUGGUUAUCGACAAGCAUACGUCUACCGUAAAGAUGAUACAGGCGCUUUUGCCUGGUAAAACUGUUGACGGAUUAUGCUCUAUUGACGACCUUGUUUCUCACAAAGGGAGUCAAUACACCAUUGUUAUUAUCGGCUUUUUUUUGACGCAUGACCCCGAUUUCGCAAGUUGGUCAAGCCAUAUGCAACCUUUCUUGGAACGUGCGCGAUGCAUUGUCGUCAUGCAUUAUCCUACUUCAGGUGCAAUAGGUGAUAUUAUGGAGAAGAACCAACUAGUAUUAGACCCGCAGCAGGACCAAGGUUCUUCCCUUGCUACUGAGAGCAAGAAUGACCAUAAGUCAUUAGCAACAGCAAAACCACCUUCGACGGCUUCAUCCUCUCUAGCAACCGAAGCAGAGAAAAACGCCUGUCUUUCGAUGCAACAACAGGUCACUGUUCGCGCAACGAUUCCUCUUCGACGGAUUAAUUUUCUUAAAAUCCUGGUGGACGCGCUACAUAAAACGAUGGCUUCACCGGACACUCCUCGACCUGCUUUGGCUACUCGGGCAAGCUCUGAAGUACGAAAAGUCUCUCAGGAGUUUGUCUCCGCCGAAGAGCGUGCUGUCUAUAGCACUCAAAAGAUACUUGCUGCUGAAGACAAUCCUGUAGCACAAAAGUUACUAUACAAACAGCUGACACGUCUUGGUUUCAAGGUUGUUUGUGCAAAUAAUGGAUUGGAAGCAGUUCAGGCAUGGCAAAAUCAUCCUCCUGGAUACUUUACCCUCGCAGUGCUCGAUCACCAUAUGCCACAGUGCGACGGUGUAGAAGCAACAAAAAGAAUUAGAAGAAUUGAGAAAAAAGAGAAUCUUUCGAGGAUGCCGAUCGUUACAUUGACAGCUGACAUUCAGGACAGUGCCAAGGAAAUCUGCAUGAAUGCGGGCUUUGAUCAGUAA